AGCAAAUUAAAGCACCUUCCUUUUCCUCUCCACCCAAAUAAAAUAUAAAAAUUAGGAACAUAAAGACUUUUACACUGUAACAUAAACACCACCCUGAAAAAAGAAGGCAUCUACCUUCCACAAUCCCCAUGAAAACUUCCACUCUUUUCCCUCUCAAAGAUUCAUUCUUUAGAACUCCAUAAAACCCACAUCAUCUAUUUUUUUCACUCCUGAAAAAUAAAAAUUGGUUCUUGAUGGGUUAUCUCUCUUGCAAAGCUCAAUCAUCCAUAGAAGUCUCAAAUUCUCAAAACCCAUCUUCUAACAAACUAAAACAACAAAACCCAGAUAAAAAUUCCCAUGAAAAACCCAUCAAAAUCAAAGAAUUUAAGUACAAUGAUCUUGAAUUAGCUACCAAUAAUUUCUCUGACCAAAAACUUCUUGGCAGAGGAAGUCAUGGUCUUGUUUAUAAAGCUCUUCUUCCUUCUGGUCGUUUUGUAGCAGUUAAGAAACCCUCUAGAAAGCAACAACCUUCAUCUUCUGAUGAAUUUGACAAUGAAAUCAACAUUUUGUCUAAUCUUCAAAGUUCCAGGUUUGUUAAUUUAGUGGGUUUUACAAAUAAUGAUGAAAUUCCCAGAAAUGAUAGGUUGCUUGUUGUUGAAUUUAUGUGUAAUGGUACUUUAUAUGAUUUUUUGCACAAAAAUUCCAAGCCCCCAAAUUGGGGUCGUAGGAUUAAAUUAGCACUUCAAAUUGCUAAAGCUGUUGAAACCCUUCAUUCACAAUUUCCACCUGUGAUUCAUAGGGAUAUUAAGUCUGCUAAUGUGUUGCUUGAUAGAAAUUUUAAUGCUAAAUUGGGGGAUUUUGGGCUUGCCCUGAAGUGUAAUGUGGACGAUUUUCGACUCCGGUCUACGCCCCCGGCUGGAACAAUUGGGUAUUUGGAUCCAUGUUAUGUAACACCAGAUAAUUUGAGUACUAAAACUGAUGUAUUUAGUUUUGGCAUUUUGUUGUUGGAGAUCAUAAGUGGAAGAAAAGCUAUUGAUAUUGGGCAUUCACCACCCUCAGUAGUUGAUUGGGCUAUCCCUUUGGUGAGGAAAGGGAAGCUUUUAGGUAUUUAUGAUCCUAGGAUCCCUCCUCCAAAGGAUCAUAUGGUUAGGAAGCAAUUAGCUGUAAUUGCUGCCAAAUGUGUGAGGUCUAAUAGGGAGAGAAGGCCGUCGAUGAAGGAGAUUGUUGAGGCUCUUGAUAGGUUGAGCAAGCUCCUGCCAUUGCAUUCGUGGAACGGGUUAGCAAACCCGUGCUUGAUGGUAGAGAAUGUUGGGCAGCCUGUUGGAUUGGCAAAUGGGCAUUCGAGUUCAAGGUUUAGGGGGUUAGAAUGUGGGAAUUUGGUUGAUGUGGAUGGUACAUUUGCAAAGCCAUUGAAGAAUCCGAGGAGAGUUUAUUCGGAUUUGGGCUUUAGGAACAAUUUGUUGGAUUUAAUGGCAGAAUCUGAAUUGGAUUCUGAAUUUGGAGGAGAGGAUGUGAUUGAGCAUAAACAACACACACCUAGCCACAAGCCAAGUUUAAGAAUUCGAAGUGAAAGAUAUAGUGAAAAGGGCCAGACUUCUUCUCUUGUUCGGUUCAAUGGUGGUGUAAGUCUUUCUCAAUUGCGAAGAAGUAUAUUGGACCAUAAAAGACCUCAAUAUGGUCAGUAAGAUAUGGAUGAUAUGCUUCUUAGCGAAAUAUAGAGAUUCAGAAAUCGGAUACAUCUAACUCGGAUGUCAUUAAUCGGCUAUCAAGAGUUGCUUGAGUGGAACUCUCAGAGUGCAAGCGUCUAUUCUUGUAUUGGAUGUUUUUGUAGAUUAUUUGCUUUCAUUGUUUUUGUUUCCAACCAGCUGAUAAUUCGUUCAUUGUUUUCUGAGGCAGCCUGUUCAUUGAAAUGUUAAUAGAUUUAACUCAAUCUAUAUGGUUGAGCUGUUGUAUAGUCUAUUACACGCUUUGCUGAUUGAACAUUGGCUAGGUGAUAUAGGUAGGGUGUGACUGCUGUAAUCAGUGUUUUGUAUCAUGAUAUUCAUCAGUUUGUCAAUUCUUCUUGUUA